AUGCGGAACCGGCCGGGCUGCCAGCGCCACACGUCAGGGAGGGCGGGGGAGCGGGGCCGCGGGGCGGGGAGCGCCGCGCAGGGGUGGGACCAGCCGGGGCACCGGCACCCCGCACCCCGGCAUCCCGCACCCCACAGUCUGACAUCCCUGCAUCCCGCACCCCACAGCCCGGCAUCCCGCAGCCCAGCAUCCCCACAGCCCGCACCUCGGGACUCCGCACCCGCCAUCCCUUGGCACCCUUGUGCCCUCGAGCCGGCAGUUCCGGCACCCCACGGCAACCUCGGUGCCCCCUGGCCCCUCCGCACCACGGCGCUCCGGCAAUUCGCACCCCUCAACCGGGUGCGCUCGCCCCAGCUCUCAGCCUCCCAGCCCCGGGCAGCCCCGGCGACCCGUCCCGGUGCCGCCGCAGUCCCGCCCGGGCCAGCCCGCAGGGACAGGCUCUGUGCGGAGACCCCGCUUCUCAGUCCUGCGCCUGGGAGCAAGGAGGCCAAGGACCGGAGGCUGGCCGGGCUUCCCAGCACCAACCCCGCCGGCCCUGGGCAGCAGACACGGGGGCAGGGAGGGCUGCAGGGCAACCCCUCGGCCCCACGGGAAGUGGGCGCCUUCCCAUCUCAUCCCACCCCAGCCCGGCCGGCUCAUGCCCCACACGAUGCUGUCUCCCCUGUACACGGGUCAAGGGCUGUCAGCCCCAGCUCCACUGGCACUUAG